AAGUGCUAUGUCUGGCAUUGAGGAAAUUGCAGAACCUACAGAUCCAAGGACUAAGAGCUUUAAGCCAUUUUCAGACAGUUUUGUGGAUCCUUUUAGAUUGACAAUGAGUGCCUCUGAACUGACAUGCGAAGAAAAUGACUCUUCUGAUGAUGAAGAAUAUGAGCCAAGUUUCCACCUGUCUUUAAAACUUGACCAUGGUGUGACGCUAGAUGAGUCGGAUUCAGAAGAGAUUGAGGACGAUGAAGAAAAAUUUGUAGAACAUGCUGAGUAUAGUUGUCUACCAGUUAUACGCAACAAUGAUGAAAUUGAACAACUGGUCCAUGAUUGUCCAGCCAUGGUUUACAUUAAUCAGCUGAUUACCUUGGCAGAAACAGGAGUCCCUAAGAUUUGUAGGGUGAAAGGAUGUGAAGCUCAAGUUCACAUUUCAUCAGAAGUAGUGUCUUCAGCUGUGUACCUGAGAUGGGUCUGCACAAACAAUCAUGAGGCACACAAAUGGUGUUCGCAACCUCUUCUUAAUAGACGGGUUCACAGUGGGGAUGUUUUAAUCUCAGCAGCUUUACUGGCGUCAGGAAAUAAUUUUCAAAAGAUUUCCCUGUUUUUUAAGUUCCUGAAGCUCCCCAUUCUGUCUGUCUCAUCAUUUAUAAAGAUACAAAGAACCUAUGUCACUCCAACAAUUGAAGAAAUUUGGAAAAAGCAUCAGAAUGAUAUUCUAGAAGAAUUCAGAGGAAAAGAUGUUGUUGUUCUUG